AUGUCGCAGUAUAUCCCCAACAUCCCCACAAAUUGCCUUGCCAAAAAGGUCGUUCUCAUCACAGGCGGCGCCAAUGGCAUCGGCUCAAGCCUAGUAACUCAAUGCCUGGAACAAGGCGCUAAUGUCUGCAUUGGCGAUCUGGACAACAUCUCCGGCGAGCGUCUACUAAAGCAAUGCUGCGAGAAAUAUCGUCCAGAGGAAGAAGACAUGCCCCCGCGCGCAAUUUUCCAAACAACCGAUGUCACCGACUACCCCUCCGUACUGGCAUUAUUCGAUCUAGCCUUCAAGACCUAUAAACGCAUCGACCACGUCGUCUCAGCGGCCGGCAUCGUGGAAAUUGGAAAUUGGUUCGAUACUUCCCUAACCCUAGAAACCGUCCGCCAAACCCCCACCCACAAAGUCAUGGACGUCAACCUCCUAGGCUCAAUGUACGUAACCCGCAUCGCAUCAGUCUACCUCCGCCACAACCGCGGCUCGAACUGCGACCGCUCAAUCCUCCUCUUCUCAUGCGUAUCGGGCUUCAAAGAAAGCCCCUCGCUGUUCAUAUACCAAGCCUCCAAACACGGCGUGACUGGGCUCAUGCGUUCGCUGCGAAACUACAUCUCAUCGCCCUACAAGCACUAUCUUCGUAUCAAUACCGUUUGUCCCUGGGUGACGCAGACGGAUAGUAUCAAGAAAGUCGAGGCACAGUGGAAACAGGCGGAUCUGCCUAUCAAUACCUCUGAGCAGGUUGCUACUGUUGCGACGGGUGUUUUGGCGGAUCAGUCUCUUAAUGGGACGUCUAUGUUUGUUGAGGGUGGUCGGGCUUGGGAAAUCGAACGGAAUAUUGAGAGACUUGAGAGUGAGUGGUUGGGGGAUGAGCCGUCUAAGGCGCUUGCGGCGGGUCAGGGAUUGCUUGAUGAUGGGUCUAUUUGGACUGCGCCGGAGAGACCGCGGAAGAAGAGUACUAUUUCUGUUGGGGUGCCGCCUGGGGUGCCGCUUGAUAAACUCAAUGGGCUUGCUCUUGCUAAUGGGGUCAAUGGAAUGUCGAAUGGAUUGGCUAAUGGGGUGCACUAA